GGUAGGGACCCUGAGAGGAGUGUGUGAGUAGUAGAUCUGUACCAGUACAGAGGGAUAAAACCAACAAUUGAUAUGUCAGUAAGAUUGGAUUUUUAGCAUUUAUAGCAAUGGUUAUCAACUGUUCUGCAGGAAUGGAACAUAAGUCGCAGAAAAUUGAGGUUGUGGUGGCAGCUGGAGAGAGGUAUUUGGGUGUGCGAGACUUGACAUAAGAGGAGUUACAAGGUGUGUUAAGUGGUGGUGUCCCAUCCUUUCAGGUUGUUGGACUUAGGUAGGACUACAUGGAUUUAAAUAGUGGAGUAGGGUGGUGUUUUUACUUUUUUUAUGUGUUAGUGUAGUGUUCGAUGUAAAAAAAAAAAUAACUAGCCUUAUUUACAAUGACGGCCUACCCCGGCCAAACCCUAACCCAAUUGUGCGCCGCCCUAUGGGACUACCAAUCACGGCCGGUUGUGAUACAGCCUGGAUUCGAACCAGGGUCUGUAGACGCCUCAAGCGCUGAGAUGCAGUGCCCAAAGACCGCUGCGCUACUCGGGAGCUUUUACUGAUUUUAUUUUUUUAUUUUUUUCAAGAAAAGUACAAGGGAGUUGUACUCCAGUCGAGUAGGUGGCGGUAAUGCCACAUUUAUUGUAUGCCAACCUCCGUUAAACCACAUCAAAUAAGAAGAUUUACGCCAUCUGUCGUUGAAGUAAAGAUUGUGCUGUCUGUGGUUGCAGUUGUAAUAGCGAUCAGCAGACAGGACUUACAUAAACCUUGGCGUUUACCGGGCAGAAGUGCAUAAACCUUGGCGUUUACCGGGCAGAGGUUUCCACAUAUCCAGAAGAAAAGUUAGUUUGUUGUCAAAGUUGAGCUAAAGGAGAAUCAGAGAUGUGUGCUGCUGUCUACGUGUUGUCUACGGUGAUGGGGUAUGUGCUCACCUCUGCCUUGUUAUUGAAAUGCCCAACACUGCUGCAUCGGCGGAAGAGAGAGCCAUUCCUGAGCAGACACAUAUCCCAUCGUGGAGGGGCAGGUGAAAACCUGGAGAACACCAUGGCAGCUUUCAAGCAUGCAGUGGACCUUGGCACUGACAUGCUGGAGCUGGACUGUCACAUGACCAAGGACGAGCAGGUGGUCGUGUCACACGAUGCCAACCUGGAGAGGUCGACUGGCAUCAGUGCCUACAUCUCUGACGUGGCCUACGCUGAUCUGCCUCCUUACCUGUGCAAGCUUGGUGUGACUUUCCAGAGAGAAUGCGUCUGUGAGGGAGGGGAGGACAAACGCAUUCCUCUCCUCAGGGAUGUGUUUGAAGCUUUCCCUAAGACCCCUGUCAACAUUGACAUCAAGGUCAACAAUGACACCCUUAUCAAGAAGGUCUCAGAGCUGGUUGUGAAGUAUGACAGAGAACACAUCACUGUUUGGGGCAACUCUAGCAACCAGAUUGUGCAGAAGUGUUACAAGGAGAACCCUCGUAUCCCAGUGCUGUUCAGCAUGCGCAGGGUUCUAAUGCUGGUGGGGCUCUUCUACACCGGCCUUCUGCCAUUUGUGCCCCUCAAAGAGCAGUUCCUGGAGAUCCCCAUGCCCUCCAUCGUCACUAAACAUCUUAUGAGGGAUCCUGAUAAGAUGACCAGGAGUCAGCAUGUCAUCACCUGGCUGGCAGAUACCCUGCUGAUGAGAAGAGCUCUGUUCAAUCACCUAACAGCAAGGGGUAUACAAGUUUAUGUCUGGGUGCUGAACGAUGAGAAGGACUUUAAGAGAGCCUUUGACCUGGGAGCCACAGGGGUCAUGACAGACUUCCCCACAAAGCUGAGGGACUUCAUGGAGAAGAAUGGCACUGCUAAAUCACUAAAUAAACUAAAGACUGAAUGAUCUGCCGAAGUUGCUACUUCCCCACCACUAAAGCCGACUGACCUGUCAAACUAUCUCCAGACUCCAUGUAGAUACAGUAUUGUUUGAACACCAGCACAGGCAGCUAAGUUUAUUUGGUCUUUGUCCUGCAUGUCAACUGGGCAAUAAGCCUUUUUAGUGUAUCUACUUUUACAGUAAGGUUUUAUUGUUCGAUUUAAUUUAACAUGGUCAUUUCGGAUGUUAAUUGUAGUUGAGGGAUAUUUGAUCAAUAAGUGGUUCAAUAUUAAAGUGUGUUUUGUAUUAUGCUAUUUGACAGAUAAUGCACAUAUCUGUCUUAAUCAAGACUUUGUGCUAUAAUGGCAACUCCAUUGCUCAUAGUUGAGCCUAACAUGGCAUGACAAUGAGUGAAAAGGAGUUUGCAUGAUAGCACAGACUGGCAUUAUACAAUCUUGAAUUUUUAUUUUAUUUUUUAUUUUACCUUUAUUUAACCAGGCAAGUCAGUUAAGAACAUAUUCUUAUUUUCAAUGACGGCCUGGGUACAGUGGGUUAACUGCCUGUUCAGGGGCAGAACGACAGAUUUGUACCUUGUCAGCUCGGGGGUUUGAACUCGCAACCUUCCGGUUACUAGUCCAACGCUCUAACCACUAGGCUACGCUGCCGCCCAAAUUGUAAUAAAGUGAUCAAUAUUUUCACCUGCAGAAUCAGUAGAAUUUUAAGUGUUUUAUAUUUUGCAAUUUUAUAGAUACGUUUUUUGAUUUAAAUAUUGAUUGGACAAUUGUAUUGAAAUAUGAAAUACAUUUGAAGUUUGGUCGUGCUUUAAAGACAACUCUCCAGAAAAAUGCAUAGAUUUGUAUAAAACACGGGAAAGGGAUAUAUGUUAGAACAGAAUGAAGCCAUAGACAUGGAAAAUGUAUGACAAUUGACAAGUCUGUGUCAGAAUGAUUAAAGUGAUUUUUCUGGA